AUGAACGAAUAAUUCAAUUAGGCUCAUUAUGAUAUAAAACAAGAGAUCUAGCAUUAUGAACAUGACUUGGAUCAUUUUUGGACAACUCUAACCGGGUAUAUUAUGAUAAUAAAUUAAGGGCUAUUGUUCUGAUUAUGCAGUUAGGGUUUGCAUUUCUAGAGGGAGGGUGUGUACGAUAUAGGAACAUUCAAAGUAUCAUAAUCAAAGUUUAUGCAAACACUGCCAUUAGCAUAAUUAUGAUGUGGAUAGUAAGAAUAAGUUAAAAAUUAGGUUGGAUAUGGAUUAAUGAUGGGUAAGACUAACGACACAUAAUUUAAUGGAAUAAGUGGUUUUGCAGGUUUCAGAUUUAAGGAUCAUCCUGAAUCUUAUGCUGAUUUUGUAUUUAACUCAGCAUUAGCUGCUGCAGCUAAUAGUAUAGUAUCUGGAGGAGCAGCAGAAAGAAUGUCAAUACCUGGUUAUAUUGCUCUUAGUGCAUUAUUUUCUGGAUUUAUUUAUCCUAUUUGUAUCCAUUGGGCAUUUAGAGGAUGGUUAUAUGAUAUGGGUUAUCAUGAUUUUGCUGGAAGUGGUGCUAUUCAUUUAACAGCUGGAAUUGGAGCACUUGUUGUUACUUAUAUGUUGAGGCCUAGAACAAAUAGAUUUAAUCCUGAAUUUGAAUCUUAAUUUAAGCCUUCUAAUACGACAUUUAUUUGUUUAUCUUGUUUGACUUUAUACAUGGCUUGGAUGUGCUUCAAUUCAGGAUCUACUUUAGCUUUAUCUAAUGGUUCAGUCUUCACUGUUGGAAAUUCUAUUGCUAACACUAUGGUUGGUGGAGCAAGUGGAGGAUUAUUUGUAUUCUUCUAUCAUUAUUUUACUAACAGAAACACAGAUAAUCGUUUUAGUUUAGUAAUGGUUUGUAAUGGUAAUUUGGCUGGUCUAGUAGCAGUCACAGGGUAAAAAUUAAUUAUAGUUAUUUAGAUCAAAUGAUGAAAUAGAAUAAUGGGCAGCCUUUGUAAUUGGAAUAAUAGGAGGAAUAAUUUAUAUAUUAGUAGCAAAAAUAUUACAUAAAUUACAUAUAGAUGAUCCUGUGGAUGCUAUUCCUAUUCAUGCUGGUUGUGGUUUAGCAGGAGCCAUGUGUCCAGGAUGGUUUGAUAGAAGGAGAGGAAUAUAUUAUGAAUAGGGAGCAUAUUAAUGGGGAGUAUAAGUACUUGGUUGUGUAUGCUUUAUUGCAUGGUAAUUAAUUUAUAAUAAUUCAUAGGUCUGCUGCUUGGCAUUAUGCAGCAUGUAAAAUAUUGGAAAAACUAAAUUUGCUUAGAGUUCAUAAUACUAUAGAAUUAGAAGGAUUUGAUUCAACAAUUUGUGGAGGACAUGCUUUCUUUUAUGAACCUGUAAGAGAAUAGGAUAUGAAAGAAUUAUAUUCAUUCUAAAGAGAUGUGCAAUAAUUAGAUUAAGCAAAAUUAAAUGAAAUGGAAAUUGAUGAGAGAAACUUAUCAAUUAUGAAAUAAGCUGAUAAAUGA